CUGCCAUCCCUGCCGCGCCGCCGACAGACGCAAGGUGCUGCUCCGGCCCCCGGAGCCCCGCAGGGAUGAUCCUAGGCAGCCUGAGUCGGGCGGGCCCCAUCCCGGCCAUCCUGCGCCCGCCGCCCGCCAUGAUGCAGCCACCCCUCGAUCUCAAGCCUUUCCUCUCGUUCCCCAUGGAGGCGCAGCCAGCUGUGGGCCUCUUCCCGGGUUUCAACACGGUAAGGCCGUGGCUGCUUCCGGCCCAGGAGGUGCAGGCUCGGAUGGACCCAGUGCAGAAGGCGGUGAUCAACCAUACCUUCGGGGUACCUGUAGCCAAGGCCAAGAGGCCCAUUAUCUCUUGCAAUGUCUGCCAGAUCCGCUUCAAUUCUGAGAGCCAAGCCGAAGCACACUACAAGGGGAACCGCCAUGCCCGGCGAGUAAAGGGAAUUGAGGCGGCUCGGACACGGCAGAAGGAAUCGGGAGCCCGCGAGGGAGAUAAGCCGGGACCCGUGGGCAGCCCGUCUUCCAGCACUGGGGAGAGCGAUUCCGACCGUACAGCCGAGCAACUCAACGGCAUCGGGGGUUCAGUGACGGUGACCCCUGUGCCGGCACCCAGCUCUCCAGACAAACAGCCCUCCCUUGCAUCACCGGCGGUGGCGGCAGCACCCCACACAGCCCCCUGCCCCGAGCCCGGCCAGAGCUCCAAGGGUGGGCCGGCCUGGGGGACCAAAGCAGGGGAGAUCGUGACGACGGUUGCGGCGCCAGCCACUCCAGGGGCGGUGCCCAGCAGCAACGGCAGCGCCAAGCCUGACGAAGAGAAGGCCAAGAAGCUGUUGUACUGCUCACUUUGCAAGGUGGCUGUCAACUCGCUCUCUCAGCUCGAGGCCCACAACAAAGGUACAAAGCACAAGACUAUCCUGGAAGCGCGCAGCGGGUUGGGGCCUAUCAAGGCAUAUCCACGCCUCAGCCCCACGGCUGGAGGGGAGCCAGGCAGCCAGGACCCCAGCGCUCAGGAGAGAACCUUCCACUGUGAAAUCUGCAAUGUCAAAGUCAACUCGGAGAUUCAGCUCAAACAGCACAUUUCCAGCCGGCGGCACCGGGAUGGCGUAGCUGGGAAGCCCAACCCUUUGUUGAGUCGGCACAAGAAGCAGCGAGGCAUGGCAGAGCUGCCGGGCUCCCUGGCCUUCCCCAAGGAGCUUCCCAAGUCACUGGCAGCUGGGCUCCUGCCCAAUCCGCUGGCUAUGGCAGCAGCCAUGGCAGCCGCCGCUUCCACCCCCCUGACGCUGCGACCAGCCCCGACGCCAGCACUGCUGCAGGGCCCGCCGCUGACGCAUCCGCUCCUGCGCCCAGCACCGGGGCCCAUCCGAACUGCACACGGACCCAUCCUCUUCUCGCCGUACUGAUGCCGCCUGCCCGCCCACCUGCCUGCCACAAUCCCAGGGCUCCUGGCACCACUGGAACCGCCCCCUGGCAACUAGCAACCGGCCCCGGCAACGUCGCACGGCGUCCAGCCUCAUCCGACGGGAGCGAUUUUACCUUUU